UUUUGUUGCCUGGUGACGCUGCGAGCAGUUGUUGCCAUAGUGAAACUUGUCCAAGAGAAACAGCACGCGCCGUUUGUUUGAACCUUCUAGAAAUCCGGAGGAUGUCUGCGCUUCCUGCAAAGCCUGGCCUACACCACAGUGUGUCAGAGUGGUUCAGUAACAACCACCAGCUAUCUGCCACAGCACAACAUGAGCGGCACAUUUCAAAUGUUAUCCGGCAGGAAGGGAGGUCGCUACGCAAUGAGACCAGCUGUAAGACAACCUGGGAUGAAAGUGAGACUUCUCGCAGGUUGAGUGACAGGGCCUGGGAUGUCGCCCGAUGGAGGGAUGCGUUAGAAACCUGUGCACAGAAAGUGGAUGAAGAGAUGGAGGCUUUGACCCUGACUAAAGAGCGAACUGAGCAGGCCCUCGCUGCUACUGAUGUUCCAAAUGAGGUCACCAGUGAGUGCUUGACACUGAGAGAUGGACGUCGGGGGUUUGAGCUCGUCACCGACCCGGUAGACGAGCAGCUGAAAAAAGAAGCAGAGCUGAUCAAAAGAGUGCAGCAGGAGCUGCAGCAGCACAUAGACAAAGCCUUUGAGCAGCUGUGUGUGUUGCAGGAGGCUCGGCAUCAGCUGACUGCAGACCUCCAGAACAAGAUGGACGCCCUUGACAUUGAUAUGUCCUGUCUGUCCCUUACAAUAAAGUCACCUCAGAUUUCCCUGAAACCCAACCCUACUCGUGUGCCAUCAGGCUCUACGACUCCUCAGGAGUGGGUCCAGUUCAGCCGGUAUAACGUUGCUCGUGCCAAGGAAGCCAUGCAGGUGUCCCAGCAGAUGAGGGAGGACAUGAGUCUCACCACAGCCCAGCUGCAGAAUGAGUUGGACAAUCAACGCAGAGCCACAGAGUUUGCUCUCCGAAAACGUAAUCACCAUGAAGAGCAGGCCCGUGAUGAGCUCGAAUGGCAAAUAAAAAAUACUGAAGAUGAAAUGGCAGAAAUGGAGAGUGACAUCCACGGGCUGGAUGCGGAUCUGCAGGCGAAAACGGCCUCCCUGAAGCUGGCUCACACCCGACUGGAGAACAGGACAAGCAGAUCUGGCAUGGACCUCUGCAGAGAUGAGGUGCAGCAUUGCCUUGUGAAUGAGGUCCAUCAGCUUGAAGCAACAAUCACUGCCCUGAAACAGAAACUCUCUGAGGCGCAGAACUCUCUGCAGAAGAUGAAGCUCCACCACAGCCGCAUGCUGCAGGAUCUUUCCAGAAAACAGGAAGCUCUGUCUCUGGAACAGCGAAGCAUGAACACCCGUACCCGCCUCACAUCUGCCUACUGCAAAGAUAAAGCCCCGGUACUGCUGGUGCCUCUAACAAACUCCAGUGGGAGGAGCAACCUGCAGCUGCUGACCCAGUAAGAUCAGGGUUAACAGUUCUUUAAAGGAAGGGCUAGAAAGUUGGUGAAACACUGGAUGAUUUCAAGCUCAAUUUUAGUGCAGAUUUAGGAGAAAAAAUAGGUUAAGAUUUGAAAAUCAUUCUGUGUGCUGUCAGCUUGAGACAGCAAAUAUACAGGAUGCUUCACUCACUUUUGACUUAAGAUUCAAACCAUACAGACAUUUAUGAGCAUAAGACAUGAUGCCUUUAAUUCUGUUCUUCACCCCCAUAAGCUGUGAAGAACCAAAACAUUUCUCUAUAUUUAUUUAUUUAAUUUAAGAGAGAUGGUAUUCUCAUGCGAAAACACUUAUGAUCAGUCUAUACUCUGUUUGUUGAGGGUAGUUUGCUUUGAGUUGUGCUGUGUGUACUUUAUGUGACUAAAAAUGACAAAUUAUGUUUUUAAAUGUGGAUUUUGUUUUUCCUCCACUUGAUUAAAAUGGAAAUCCUUGUCGGUUUAAUCUGUUUGUGCAGGUUUGUUGUCUUUUUCUAAAAGUAAGCAGUUGUGUAAAAACAUUUACUUGCUGUAAAGCUCACUUUCAAAUUUGUUGAGGUCAUUAAUUUUAUUGAACAUUUACUUUAAUGGUUUUGUUUGACCUCUUUAUAGUGUUUGAUCAACGGAGGCUUUUCAGAGCAUGAAAACAGUCCACAUGACAUGAACUUUAAACUCAUGCAGUAUACGUGGUUUAGAUUGGAAAAAUAAUCUGGUAAACGAGCAUUUGAUACACUCCCCUCCCCAGCUGUCGUGUCUUUAAAUGGAUGUUUUUGUCAUUUUUUUUUGUUUUAAUGAGAGAAAAAAAUGACUUAAACAAAGUUUAGAUUGCUGUUUAUCUCAGAGAUUACAAAGUCAGUUCUUGUGUAAGAUAAUUUACUGUCUGUUUAGGACAAAAACAAUCUCUUAUCAGUUUUCCACCACCUGUAAUAAAUCUACAGUAGGCUGCCGUAUAUUCUUGUCAGUAGACAGAUUUAUCUGCAUGCUCACCUGAUGUGCUGUUUGUAGACUGAAAGACUAACACAAUACUAAUAUUUCUUCCUUUGCACUAAAUUGAUGGUUGGUACAGAUGUUACAAGUGACUUGUUUUUAACAGUGUAUGCAGUGUAUGAUUGCAAAUAUAUAUUGUUAAUU